CGGGUUCUAUAUUAAACUGGUCCGGUCACGGGUCGUUCGGCUGUUCAUCGUUCAGUCGGCGGACUGUCUCCAGACGGCUGGAUCCGCUCAGCCGAAGGACUGAACCGCUGGUAUCGAUCCCACGCCGUCGUUACCUCGACCACGUCGCCGUAUCGAACGCGAAGUCGAGUCUUCUUGUCGAUCCUCGCGCUGAAACGGGCCAUGUCCGGCCGAACGUACGGACAUCGAUCUUGAAGUCACGCCAUCGAGGAGUGAAGCGAUUCUAGUGGGACCGGUCGAAUCCAGGCGGACUGAAUGCUCCAUCGACAGCUGGCGAAGGAGAACCAGGACUCGAGGGACUCCUGGAGGUCGGCUUGCUGGACCGGAAGUGGCAAGGGGAGCGCGAACCGCGACUUCUCAGUCCACCCAUUCUAAUCAGCUUUCCUUGGUGAAUGAGGCGACGUUGGGCCAGCUGAGAUCGGUGUAUAUCGUUUUCUGACGUCGGAUAUCGGAGCACGGCCCGUUCAGAGAAGUCCCUAUAAAGUAACAACCAUCGAUGAUGGUGAAGGGGGAAAUAUUGCUGCUUCUUCACUUGUUUUGCGACAUAGCGUUGGCAGCGCAAUGUGGAAAAGUAUGGCUGACAGUCUCCUCCUUGUGGAGACCGAUCGCAGCCAGUGAUAAAGUGGUCGACGCUGAGCUAGAAGUGAAUUGGGAUUUCGAUUGCCCGUCGAGCACUGGAUACCCAGAUACCAUCAAGGUGUUCACUGCUAACCCAGCACAUGAUAAAAAGCUCAAGCCCAAGUUGACUUUGACUUCGUUGCAAUACCCCCGAGGCUAUUAUCGAACGAAUAUCACGGUAGGUCGGCCACCCCUUCCUGGGGGAUGGGACACCAAGGAUGGCGCGACGCAUCCAGGUCCUCAUUGCUUGAAACAUCAUGCUGCGGUUUAUAAGGAUGGUGCUUUCCUCACCAGUGCCUGUUUGCAGAUAUGGCCGACGUGGAUGUACGAUUUAAGGAUGCUGUUGGGAAGGCUUCCGAUAGGAAGCUUGAUGAUUCCGGGAACCCACAAUUCAGGAUGCUACAAGCACGGUGACCUGUCGAGGAGGGUGGCCUAUCAACGAUACUUGUUAACUCAGGAUCGCGACGUAUGGACGCAAUUGGUUCACGGCAUCAGAUAUCUGGACAUCAGGGUGGGUUACUACUACCAGUCGAUUCCGAAUGGCACCACGAUUGCCGAGGAAGGCAAUCACAUAAGCAGAUUCUGGGUCAAUCACGAUGUCAUUCGGAUAACCCCCCUGUCCGCCAUCAUCAAAGACGUGAGAAACUUUUUGAACGUUGCGAGGGGAGAGGUCGUCAUCAUGGACUUCCAUAGAUUUCCAGUGGGAUUCGAGGGCAGGCCCAGUAGGCAUCGACGAUUGGCCACGAUUCUCUGGCGAGAAUUCGAAGAUCUGAUCCUCAAGCCCGAUAGGGGUGUCGAAGGUCUUGGCCCGACCUUGAACGAUAUCUGGACUGGUGGUAAACGCUUGAUAAUCUGCUACGGUGAUAAACACACCGUCAAUGAGUACGACUGGCUGUGGCCCGCAAUGUCCCAGGCCUGGGGCGAUCAGCAGACGGUGGACGGCCUGUUCAAGUAUUUGGACGACGUGAUCAUGGGCCCAAAAAGGUUCAGGAACAGCCAGAAUCCUCUGUGGGCGGUGAUGGCGGAGCUGACGCCGUAUUCCCUGGACAUAUUGUUCAAUCUGUCAGGUGGACUUCGCCAGAUGGCCGACUCGGUCAAUAGAAAUCUGACGUUGAAGUUCCAGAAAGAAUGGUGGAACGAGACGAACAUAGUAGCAACAGAUUUUUUCCUCGGGAACAACCUGAUCGACGUUUCGAUACAGGCGAACAUCAAGAAGAGCGACAUCGCGCAGUGGCGCUUGUAAUCUCAACCAUAAGCACGCGUGGAUCAACCGAUUUAUGGAUCUCUGGCAGCGAGAUUCAGCGCUAAGGAAUACUUUCUUCAAACUAAUUUAAAAACGCGAAGGGUUAAUCUCGAAAAAUCUAGUUCCAUCCAAGGAUAGGAAGAAUAGAAAUAAUUGUCAGCUAGAAGCUGAGAGGAUGUGAUUGAUAAUAAUUCGUACCAUAUAAAUUUUAUGUAGGGAAAUUGAUCCAUUCGAUGAGAUUGACUUUAGGAUGAUUGAUGUAUGAGUUCGAACACACGUACAAGAAUAAUAAUGUGUAA